GCUCUCCGCCGCGCGAACCCACCCAGCUCUCGGGUUUUCCCAGACCCGCUGCCGGAGUUCAUACCCGAGGUGCGAAAACACCAGCCCAGCCGCGGACAGACGCGUCCGUACUUCGGGGCUCAGAGGAAGAAGAGGGGUGUGAAGCAGGGCGGGCUCCCCGGAGGCCUCCCGAAAUCUCUGGAUUACGUGAAAUAGCCGUAAACGGAGCAGCGAGUGACACGUUAAACCAACACAAACUACUGUACAGAACGGCAGACACGCAGCAACCAUUCCCGACCAUUUAUUUAACCGUCACACGCACAGACAAGCGGCUUAUCCCUCUGGGACUCUGACAUCCCGGGGCAUCUGCCACCUUCCCAUCGGGUCCCUCGUAUGCACACGCCGCGUCUAGCUGGUACUUCUUCCAUCUGCCUCUGGGGCGGUUUUGCGCUUCAAGCGGCCUUUCUGGCUCGUGGUUCUGGCACUGUCUACCCCCCCCCCCCCCCCCAGCGCCGGUGGUCCUGCCCAAGCCUGUUCACAUUCCCACCGUGCUCCGCCACGUGCCGAAGGGAACAGUCCCUGGUUAGAAGCAGCAGGGACACGGAACGUGACAUCCGGCGCUGGGAGGCCGUGAGAAAGAAGAAACAAAGGCGGCCUCUCUGGGCUUCGGCUUCUUCGUCCGCACAAGGAAGGGGUGCACUCAGACCCUCUGAUCUUUAUCUUUCUGCGGCAGAUGAAGGUACUUCCUGAACCUCCAAGCAAUAAACGCAGCACGAUUCACUCGAUGACGCCGCUGUGUUUGGGGAUCCAACGUUCCAGACCCGGGGAUUCAGGGGAAGACCAAGUUCAGGCCUCCGUGGAGGGGACGGCUGAGGGCGGGAGAGGGAAGGAGCGCCAGGGUGGAAACAUCCCUGCAGUACGGCGAGAGCUGGGCCGCGGGCUGGCGUCUGCGCCUGGAGGAGGCGGGGAGGAGGCUGGGAAACCAUCCCAGAGAUGGCCGAGAGCGCCAAGCCGCGGGCGGAAGGGAGUAUACAGAGGCCGCCACCCAACGGAGUUUUCUAGAAUGUCCAGCAGCUGUGAGCAUCUUGCAAAUGGAAGCACCUUUCUCCCCCCGCCCACUGUCCCACGAAUCCAGCGAUCACUGAGGCCCCGGUGGGUGCCACUCCAUACGGUCCCAGGUCCCUCACCACCUCGACGCCCCUCUCUGGCCCUGUGCUCUUGGCUGCAGAGGACGCCCGGCAGAGUCACAGCGGCACGGGGUCCCCUCCCGCCACCAGGGCUCCCGCUGGCAUGUGGCCAACUGGGGUCACCUCUUUCCCCCGCGCCCCCCAGCCCCAGCAUCCACUCCGUUCUGCUCCAGCCUCCUAGACCACCUCGCCCACGGCUUCCCAGUUUUUUGUCCCCUGUCAUGCUGAGAAAACUGCCAGGAGCUCCCAUUUGCUCCGUGCCCCAUCACAGCGGCGCUGCUGUCCCGCGGCCCUCGUCUCCGCGCCCCGUCCUUCCAGGUGCAGCUGGCUGCCUCCUUUGUCACUCCCCUGGGCAGGUGCUUCCGUUAGUCUCUUUCUUCCUAGAGUCUCCAGACUCUCGCUCCCCCCAGCUCUGCCCUCUUGAUUCCACAAACCACUCCGGGAGGUCCCCUCUGCUCUGACCCCGUCGUCCCCACCCGGCUCUUGGCCUGCCCUCUUCCGUGUGCUGUGUCUGCGGGGUGGUCGGUGUUUGAAACCUCGCUUUUCUUUUCCUUUACCUCUUAGGUACUGGACUCAUCACAGUCCGCGUCUGUCCUCGGCACGUCUACGCGGGCGGAUCUGGCGACCAUUGCCGCCACCCAUUCCUGCCUCUGAGUGUGGCUGUGUCAG